CAAUAUUUAUUUCGUGGAAUUGAGAUGAUUAAAUAUUAUAUUCAAGUUUUAUUCAUUAUAUCGCUAGCUAUUUUCUAUGCUUUCUCAUUGGUCGAUGACAUUGAAGACGAAUGGAGCAAGUUUAAGUUAAAGUAUUCCAAAAAAUAUGAAAAUCACACUGAAGACUUGAUGCGCAUGAACAUUUUCAAAGAGAAUCGACAAAAAAUCGCCGAACACAAUGAAAUCUAUGAAAAAGGGCUAGUUUCAUAUCAGAUGGCAUUGAAUAAAUUCGCAGAUUGGACUAACGAUGAAUUUGUCCAAAUAAGUGGUAAAAUUGACAAAACACCAAAAUCUGAUGCGCAAAAUUCGAACAACGGCCUUAAUAAAACACUUUUGGCAUUAAUGCCAUUUAUUGAACCGGUCAAUGCUACAAUUUCAUCAUCGAUCGAUUGGAGAAAAAAAGGAGCCGUUAGUGAGGUCAAAGAUCAGGGACAUUGUGGUUCUUGUUGGACGUUUGCUGCGACUGGAGCACUUGAAGGACAAUACUUUCUCAAAACUGGACAAUUGCUGUCAUUAUCAGAGCAAAAUAUUCUUGAUUGUUCAACAAAUUACGUAACCCAUGGAUGCAAUGGUGGUUUUAGAUAUUACGCCUUUCAAUAUGUAAAAGAUAAUGGUGGAAUAAAUACCGAAGAAUCCUAUCCAUAUGAUGGCAGCGAUGAUAAUACUUGUAGAUUCAAUCCAAAGAACUCUGUCGCAACAGUUUUUGGUAUGGUAGAUAUUCCAGAAGGAAAUGAAACCGCACUGGUUGCUGCACUUGCUACAGUUGGACCUGUUUCGGUUUCCAUUGAUGCUACGCACUAUUCAUUCCGUUUCUAUUCGUCUGGUAUUUAUUUUGAACCAGAAUGUAUGUCACAAGAUGUGAAUGGCCAUGCGGUACUGGCAGUAGGUUAUAACAAAGACUAUUACAUCGUCAAGAAUUCUUGGGGUGAGAAGUGGGGUGAGGGUGGAUACAUUCGUAUCAGCCGAAACAAAAACCACUGUGGAAUCGCUACAUCAGCAAUAUAUCCACUCAUUGAAGCAUCUUCGGCUAACUAAAGCAACUAAUUGUACAUUUAAUCAAAUCAAAUUUUAUCACAAAUAUGCGACAAUUGUCUUUACAUGCACAGACAGAUACUUCCAAAUAAAUACAGUCGGUCUACUAUAAA